GUCUUAUCGGCUUUACUCUCCCCGGGAUAAAUAUGGAAAUUCUAUUUUAGAUAUACCUCCUACUCUAGAAUACAGGAAUAUAGCCUAGAUUAAAGUUAAUUGCUAUAGUCUGACAUUCAGCAAAAUGUCUGCAUCAAAAAGAUUAGCAAAAGAAUAUCAAGAUAUUAACAGUGACAAAGACAAAAGGCUUGAAGUAAAAUUAGACGAUUCAAACGCCUUACUUUGGAGGAUCCUUCUUCUGCCGGACCAAAGUCCAUACAAUAAAGGGGCUUUCAAGAUAGAAAUCAAUUUUCCAUCAUCAUACCCAUUUAAACCACCAAAAAUAACAUUCAAAACAAGCAUCUACCACCCCAAUGUUGAUGAGAAAGGUCAAAUAUGUCUUCCUAUAAUCAGCCCAGAACACUGGAAACCAGCAACAAAAACUGCACAGGUUCUGCAAGCUCUGCUUCACAUGAUUGAACACCCAGAGCCAGAGCACCCACUGAGAGGAGAGCUUGCUGAAGAGUACACGAAAGAUCGAAAGAAAUUUAAUAAAAAUGCGGAAGCUCAUACAAAGAAUAAUGCCGAAAAGCGGCCGUCAUGUUAAUAUUGUAAGAAAAUCUAAGCACUUUUGAUUCCAGUAAUGUUCAGACUGGCUAAUAGAUUUCAAUUAGUCCUUAAUGAUGUGUUUUGUACAUUUGCUUGAUAUACUCUUAUUUUUAACUUAUGAGCUUUCAUCACUAUCCAAAUACCAACCAGUAGGGUUAGAAGGAUCACAAAGUCACCUAAAUUUACCUUUUGUUUCUUUAUCUCAAAGAAAGUUUAGUAUGUAAUAGUCGUGCGUUUCAAUUCCAUUUUGUAUAUCAGACCCAUGUAUGGGGUAAUCCUACAUUUCAGCUUUGCAUAGGUAAUUUGGAAUUUUCAUUUGUUUUUAUACUCGAUCAUUUGAAGCAAAAGAUUUAGUCAAAUCGAGUUCUGAUAAAUGAACGAGCCCGCAAAACCCUUAAGCUCGAUGGAUUAGGUUACUACACAUUUUGAUCUGAACAGCACAGCUUUGUCGAAUGAUUGGUUCUACCGUAUUAAAUUGACAAUCUGUGUAACCACAUUAUACUUCCUGAAAAUCACUAUCUUGGAGUUUAAAAUAUCAAGAACAUCAUACAAAACCAAAAUCGUACAAUUUUAUUAUGCAUAUUUUACAAUGAUUUGAUCCUAGCCCUAUUCUGUGAUUGUUCUCUUGCUUCAGUAAUUUUUUUUUCUUGCUCAUUGUAGUAAUAUAACUUUCCUACAUUGAAA